AAAUUGUGAAUCUCAGUCACGCCCAUUUCAGUAUAAAUUAGGCACCAAACGUUGUGAAGAGUCGUGUCAUUAUCUUGUGAUCCGAGACGACACAUACACGAUGUCAGACCAAAGCCGAGUUUUCGUGUGGACCAUUCUGUUAUCGUCUUUGUGUCCUCCAAUACAAACUUUUCUGCUGUCUGGUGGCGAUGUUUGCUUUGGAAUCUGCAACUGCGUCGAAGAGAAGAUGUGGUAUGACUACAUAUACGAGACCGAAGUGAAACUAGUACGAUGCGAGGAGAGAGAUCUCAGAUCUAUACCAAACUUUACAAUUCAGAAUCUUCCGACGGGAUUUUUCCCAGGUGGAAAAAACUUCACCGUUGACUUGCAUAGCAAUUAUAUACAAACUGUUCCUGAUAGAGCGUUUGGGGACCUUCCAAAGCUAUCCAACGUUGACCUAUUUGGAAUUAUUUUGUUCAAUAAUUCCAUAUCGUCCAUAAGCGAUUCUGCAUUUCUUGGUUUAGAAAAUACUAGAGUUGUUGUAGAUCUCGGACUUAAUAAUUUCACGACAAUCCCACAAGUACUCCGUAAUCUAAGAAAAAUAGAAGUGUUAGAAAUAGAGGAAAAUCCCAUUAUGACCAUAGAUGCUUCCUUGAUUCAACACAUCAGUCCCGUGUUGGACUUCAGCAUAAAUUUGACCUUGUAUAAUAGCUGGCCAGUAGAACUCAAUAAUCUCCAUGUAAAAUACGUUUGGUUCUAUGGUUACUCUGGAAAUUCGUUUCAAAAUUUCAAUGUACAUGGCAUCGGUCAAAAUGGGAUUGAGUUAGCUAUUGAAGGGACGGACAUUGUAGACCUUAGUAGUGUUAUUUGUAACAAUCAAACAAACCUCUCUAAGCUUUGGAUUUAUACCAAUUACAACGUAGAUAUUAGACCUUUUGAAAGAUGCAGUCAAGGAAAGGUGAUGCAAAAUAUUGGGACUUUGCAGCUCAGUGACUUUGACCUUUCAAGAAUCCCCAACUUCGUCCACACAAUGCCUAAACUAGAAUGGCUCUCUUUUGCAUUGAAUAAUAUCACCGAAAUUGAUAAUAACGACUUUCGGGGACUCACAGAGUUAGAAGAAUUGUAUCUUGAUAACAAUCGCAUCACAACAAUACAUGCACAUGCAUUCGAAACCAACACAAAACUUCGCAAGCUUACCCUUGUGAAUAACACGUUGACCAGUAUUCCAAAUAGUGUCGCAAAUUUAAAUCUAGAGGAGUUGGAAAUGGAUGCAAUCGAUUGCAAAUGCUCCAAUUUGCAAAAUCUGAAACAAGUCAAUGCAACAUUUGCCCACAAUAUUCCCUGCCUUGACGAUACGCUUGUAAAAGACGCCCUCGCUGCCUGUCCCUGAUAAAAUUGUUGAGCUGUAAGCAUCGUGAAGGUUUAAUUUCAUCCAUCGGUAUCGAUAUAAUAACACUCGGAAAUAAUUAACUACAUUUGUGUAUAGCAAACGGUGAUAGUAAGAUAAGAGCUUUAUGAUUUAAUGAACGCAUUUUAAAUUGAGUCUGUGUUGUUGUAUCACUCUGCCUUUCGUCUAUGUUAAAGAUAAACACUAACGAUUGACAUUAAUAGUUUGUUUAGCUUUGUUUUAUGCAAAUAUUUUUUUUUAUUUUGAGUUAUCUUAGAAAUGUAUUGUAUGCGUGAAUGAUGUGCAUGUCAAAAGAAAUGAUUCAUUAAAUUUGGAUUUAAAUCGGGAUAUGUAAACAUUGUAUUGAAAUGCGCUUAACGGGGCCAUAUUGUCGUGAUGUGUUAUGUUCAUGCCAUAUUCACUCUGGUAGUACAUGUGACGGUGUAUGGUGUUUUAUAUUUCAUAAUGUGUACAUUGAAGUGUUUUCGUGAUUUAGUGUUUAACUUUAGUGAAUUUUUUUGUGAUGUUAAUUGGAAUGUGAAUAUGAAGAUGCCAUUUAAAUUCGGUGUACCUGUUUUUAUUGUUACAGCGUAUGUGCAUUAUAUGUAAAUAAACAUAUUUCAUUG